CAAGACAAUCACAGAAACUAAAACAGAGAUGUUCAGCGAUGUAGUCUCAUAAGUUAGUUUAAGAUGGUUUACUUUUUGUUAGUGUGUUUGAUUAAACGGAGAAUAGUACUCGUGUAUUCAGCGUAGCUAUGAUUUGGUUGUAUUUAAAGUGUUUAUAAGGACUGUACUAUAGUCAGGAUGAAUAAAAGCAUGUUUAAAUCGGGUUGUUUAGUGCGAACAGCUCAUGUUAUUCUGACCUGGAUCAUUACUUUAAUCCUGUUUCUGCACAACACAGAUCUGCGCAGGUGUCAGGAGAGAGGAGAUCUGCUGCAGCCGCUCGUCUUCAGCUCUGUGCUUCUGCUCUCGGUGCUGCUUUACUUCACUGUGUCUCUGAUGGAUCCUGGUUUUGUUCUGUCAGACAGUCAAACAGAGACAGCAUCAAGGGAUGGUGAUGAAGAACUGGAAGCGAUGAUUCCUCAAGAGCAGAACUCUAUAAAGCAGAGACGCUGUGGAUACUGCUUUUUACUGCAACCGAUGCGCGCCAGACACUGUAAGUGGUGUAAACGGUGUGUGAGGCGAUUUGAUCAUCACUGCCCCUGGAUAGACAACUGUGUCGGAGAGAGAAAUCACAGAUGGUUCCUGCUGUAUCUAUGUGUGCAGUUUACCGCGGUGUGCUGGGGUGUACAGAGCGCAUGGUCCGGCUUCCUCUCUGCACCCAGCUGGCAGCAGUGGUUCACCCAGAACGUGUUUCUCCUAGUGGCGUUUGCUGUGACGGCUGUAUUCACCGUGGUUCUCUUCCUUCUGCUGUGCAUUCAUGUGUAUCUGGCCUCCGUUAACUGCACCACAUGGGAGUUCAUGUCCCGCCACCGCAUCCUUUACCUCAAACACGUGAACUCGGAGGAGAACCCAUUCGACAGAGGAGUUUUCUGCAACCUGUGGAGCUUCUGCUGUGUCUGCGGGACAGUGGCAUGGGAGAAGAUGUAUAUUAGACACAAUAAUACCACUGGAUGAUGGAAAUUCAAGUGUCUAGUGCUGCCAAAUGGGUUUUAAAUGAUGAUUAAGCAUGAUUAAUUGCAUUCAAAAUAAAAG